GCCACACACGUUGUUUUGGACUGGGAAGUGGUUUUGGCAAAAAGAGCUAGUAGAUACUCAUAUUUAAAUAGCUUCACCACGUUGUUUAAGUUGUUUAUCGUCUCCACGUUUCUCGUGUUGGUCCCUGCUUUGACUGUUUGUAGCUGUUAACAGCUGUUGCCCAAAUAGGGCGACAGAAAAAAGGCUGAAGUUUACAGAAAGCUAACUAGCAGGCUAGGUUGCUACAAGUGGCAGCAUGGCAGCUGUGCUGGGACUGAUUGCUGGGAGCUACGAGCAGAUUGCCUUUGGUUACCGAGUAACAACUGAUGAGAAAGAGUGGACAGCUACUGCAGACUUCACACAUCACGCCCACACAGCAUCCAUAUCAGCUGCUGCAGCCAGUGAGAGGUUUGUUGUCACAGGAAGCAAAGAUGAGACCAUCCAGCUGUACGACAUGAAGAAGAGGACCGAGCACGGAGCUCUGCUGCAGCAUGACGGCACCAUCACCUGCCUGGAGUUUUAUGGGACGUCUCAUUUACUGAGUGGAGGAGAGGAUGGACUCAUCUGUGUGUGGGGCACGAAAAAGUGGGAGUGUCUGAAAUCCUUCAAAGCGCACCAAGGUCACGUCACAUCGCUGUCCGUCCAUCCAUCGGGGAAACUUGCACUUUCAGUUGGGACAGAUAAGACUCUCAGAACAUGGAAUCUAAUUAGCGGAAGAUCUGCCUUCAUCAAAAACAUAAAGCAGAAUGCACACAUUGUCAGAUGGUCUCCAGAUGGGGAUAAAUAUGUGGCUGUGGUGAAUGACACAGUGACCAUCUACGACCUGGAGACAGCCUCUGUGAUAGGAACAGUCACAAACCCCAAAAGGAUCUCGUCUGUUAAGUUCUUAAAUAACUCCAUCUUGGCCGUCGCAGGAGACGAUGACAUUUUGAGGUUAUGUGACCUGGGAAAAGAGACAUGGGUGUGUGAGUUUAAGGCUCAUGAAACCAGAGUGAAAGCUGUUGACAGUUUCAUGAUGGAGGAUUACUGCGUGCUGGUAACGGCUUCAAACGACGGAUUCAUCAAAAUGUGGAAACUUCAUCUGAAAGAGGAGCUGGAGUCUCCCACUCUCCUCGGGGAAGUGAACACAACAGCGAGACUGACAUGCCUGGCUGUGUGGAAACCUUCAUCAGUGCAGCAGACCACUGAGGAACCUGCAACUAAGGCAACAACAUCUAAAGAACUCGUGCAGGAGCUUUCAAAGACAAAGAGAGUACGGAUCGCAACAGAAGAAGUGAUUCUAGAAGACGAGAGCAAGCCCAAAAAGAAGAAAAAGGGUGGCAGAAAAUAAAAUGGAAAAAGGAACAAUCCGUUUUAUCAAUCAUGGACUGUUUUAUAUCUGGAUGUGCUUUUUUGUGGUUGCCACGGGGAGGUUGUAAAGUACAGAUUUUGUGAAUAUAUUUUGCUGUCAACAUUGAAAAGAAGAGAAAUGACAAUGGAAUAUGAGAUGGGCAACAAUAAAAAAAAUGUUUUAUAAUCAAUUGACUGCUUUUGAUUUUGAGCUAUACUGUCAAAAACAUUUACUCACAGUUACCACAUGGAGGUGAUAGAGCACAGCUGCUGAAUGUAUGUUUUAAAGGAUAUAUUCUGUCUUUGUGUCAAGAUAUUUAUGAAUAAGUAACGAGGCUUCACUUUUUUUCUUCAUUUUCUUUGGCACUGUUGAAGACGAAUGAGAUA